AUGGAAUCAGUCAACGUAGUUGUGGAUGACAACUCUAAGGAGUUGACCAAGACGGAACUUGACAACCUUAUCGGGAAGGCAGAAGAAAACUCAACCGAUCAAGAGGACACGGAUUUACUGGAACUUGCUACACCAGGCUCAGUUUCACACCAUGAAAAAAAGCCCUCUACAAGAAUCAGCCACAAUCAUCCAAUGGAGAACAUCCUUGGCAAAUUGGAUGAAGGUAAAAGCAUUGAUCCUGCUCUGUAUAGAAGCAUGAUAGGAAGUCUUCUUUACAUUACUGCUAGUAGACCUAACAUUGCUUUUAGUUUAUGUGCUUGUGCACAAUUUCAGGCUAAUUCUAAAGAAUCACACGUUACAGCAGUAAAACGAAUCUUGAAAUACCUAAGUGCUACUGUUGACUAUGGCAUAUGGUAUUCAAAAGAUUCAAAUCUGAGUCUAGUUGGCUAUUUUGAUGUUGACUAUAGAAAAAGCACCACAGGUGGUUGUUUUUAUGUCGGUAGCAAUCUGGUAGCAUGA